GUGUGCGCGCGAGGGUGCCCAGCGCCGGAAGUGGAGGCGCGGGGCCAUGGCGCUCUUCCUCGUCAACAGAUACCUUGGUGAUGAGGAGGAGGAUGCUGAGGACCGAUCACAGGUCCUGUUAGAACGUCUGCGUGAACAAGCUAGAGCCAGGCAACUGAAAAAGCAGCAGCAAGUGCUUUUGUCUUCUGAUGAAUUAAAACAAAAGAAGACAGAAGAUGAACUCGAUCAGAAGCUCAGACACAGAGACUCUGAAUCUGAGUAUAACCAUAAAUCACAGAGAGAAACAAAGAAAAGGAAGAGAGGACACAGUGAUGAGGGUUCCCCUGGAGAAGGGGAAAAGAAGCUGAGGAAGAUCCACCAAAUUAGUAGUGAUUUUGAGAAGCCUUCACGAGGGUCAGAUUCUGGCCUACUUGGUGAGGCAGUCAAUGGGCACAUUCCAGCAAAGAAAAGAAAGAAAGAAAAUGGAAAAAAACCAAGUAUGUCUCAAAAGAAAAUUGAAACGGAACUUAAAGAAAACAGUAGACAACAGGAAAAUAAAAGUAAUUUGAAGAGAAACCAAACUGUGAAGGAGGAGGAGAGGGACAUACCAACAGAAGUGGAAACAAAUAGAGCUGAAAAUACCAAGAAAGAAAGUAGUGAAGAAGUUAAAGAGACUCAGAGCACAAAGAAGGAAGCAAGCAUACCUAUUCUGAAUGAAGAAGCAACAUUUCCACCCUCUAGUUUGUUGGUUCUUGGAGGGUAUGACAGAAAAUCAGUUCAAAAGGUUCAGCCUAUCUUACCACAGUGCCUGCUAAAAGAUAACUUAGUUCCAAUCCAGGAAGUCCCAGGAAUUCAUCCCAAACUGUUGAAGAAGCUGCAAAUAAAUGGAAUAGAGUCUUUUUUCCCAGUCCAGGGUGAGGUUAUUCCUGCUAUUCUAGAGAGUGUAUCCAGUGGCUUUUUGGUAGGGAGAGGAGGAUAUCAGCCCAGCGAUAUCUGUGUCUCGGCUCCGACGGGCAGUGGUAAAACACUGUCUUUUGUCAUCCCAGUGGUACAGGCUCUGUUAGAACGAGUGGUUUGCCAGGUGCGAGCCCUGGCAGUUUUGCCUACCAAAGAACUGGCACAGCAGGUGAGUAAAGUAUUCAACAUCUACACUGAUGGGACAGGUCUGAAGGUUGUUUUGGUUACUGGGCAGAAAUCUUUCGCGAAGGAGCAGGAGACUCUUGUCCAAAGAACAGAGAUGGGUUACUGCAGUCUGGCUGAUAUCAUUGUGGCCACACCUGGACGACUGGUGGAUCACAUCGAUCAGACUCCAGGAUUUAGCUUGAGACAACUUCGCUUUCUGAUUAUAGAUGAAGCUGAUCGUAUGAUAGAUGACAUGCACCAGAACUGGUUGCAUCAAGUAGUAAAAGCCGUGUUCCGAGCCGAAGAGAACUCUGGCCCCAACAUGCUUUUCCAGAGGACGGAACCGGGAUCCAUAACAGCAGCCAGCACCUGCUGUCCCCAGAUACCACUGCAGAAGUUGCUGUUCUCCGCCACACUGACUCGGAAUCCAGAGAAACUGCAGCAGCUGGGCUUGUACCAGCCUCGCCUCUUCACAUCUGUCUACUCUGAGAAACAAGCCAUCGCAGCUGGGACAGACACAGAACAGGAUGCUGAGAAGAAAUACUCCUUGCCUGAGGGGCUUUCGCAAUAUUAUAUACCAUGUAACCUGAAUUCGAAGCCUUUGUUCCUCUUGUAUUUCAUGCUGAGAAUGAAAUUCACCCGGGUGCUGUGUUUUACCAACUCCAAGCAGGCUUCCCACAGGUUGUUCUUACUGAUUCAAGCCUUUGGUGGAGUGAAAGUAGCUGAGUUCUCUUCCUGGCUGACGCCAAGUGAAAGACAGAGGACCCUGAAGGAGUUUGAGCAGGGGAAGAUACAGUUGUUGAUCAGCACAGACGCAACUGCACGAGGGAUUGACAUUAAAGGAGUGAAGUGUGUGAUAAACUAUGAUGCCCCUCAGUUCAUCAGGACUUACAUUCACCGAGUUGGAAGAACAGCUGGGGCUGGGAAGGCGGGGUUAGCAUUCACCAUGCUUUUGAGAGUGCAGGAAUGGAAGUUUUUGAAGAUGCUGAGGGAUGCUGGCUCCCCAGAACUAGAGAAGCAGCUGGUGAAGAGCGAAUACUUAAAGCCCCUGUUGCAGCAGUAUGAGGAGGCACUGUCCAAGCUUCAGAAAACUGUUAAGGAUGAGCGAGCACAGAAACGAGCAUGAGACAGCCCAGGAGAAAAGACUGGUGUUUAUUUUCCAUGGCACUGAAAUCCAGCCGGAACUGGCUGUGUUUUUCCUGUUCGUGGCAAGUGUUGGGGUAACAGUGCAGCUCCAGAGCUGAUGGAUUAACCGCCCAACCUUCCUAGUCCAAAAGCUAAAUUCUUGCCUUGCUCAUAGGCAUUGUGGACCCUGAGGAGUCUUAUAGUCCACGUCUAUUCUGAGAAAACUGGCAACAAAGCUUGGCUCUCAGCUUGAAUAAAUAUCCUUUGAAAGGGAACUUUCUCUCCUGUCCUUCUGAUGUAUUUAAAGCCACCAGCAGUAAAUAGAACUUUCUUAGAGUGCACUUCUGAAGGAGAUUCCAGGUAUCAAUCUUCAUGUGGCCAGGCCCUUCUUGGCUUUUCUUGUGGAUCAUUUUGCAGAGACAAUCGUUUGCACUGCCUUGCUGCAGACACAGCAAAGUGCAUCAAAAGCUGUCAUGUGCGAGUGCUAAUGUUUCAAGAAUUGUUUGAAGCGGGGGCAGGAGUAGAGAACGGGACAGAUUAAAAUUUUAAAUAAAGAGUAACUUUAUAAAACA